AGUAUUUUGCGAUUCGCAAGGCAAUAAAGUGAAAAAAAAAUCUCGGGAACUCUUUUAUUAAUUUGCUGUCUUAAAAAUGGCUCUUUCAUUGUUAAUUCGUUCAUCAUCUAGACUUCCACAAGUCUUAAUUAAUUCAUCACGAAUUACCGGAGCAUCUUUCACGCCGAUACUCGCAAAGCAGAUCAAUUUGAAUAAUGUUCGUCCAAUUUCUGUAUCUCCAAUUCGUCAAUCAGCUACAGGAAAUCACGUAGCAAUGUGGCAAGCAGAAAAGGCUCUUUCACUUGGAUUAUUGGGAUUAAUUCCAGCAUCUUUCCUCGUUUCCACACAAGCCACCGAUUAUCUAGUCUCAUUGGCACUAGUCGUACAUUUUCAUUGGGGUAUGGAAUCAAUUGUCACAGAUUACGUUCGCGAAUGUCUUUUUGGAAAAUUCGUCCCUAAAGCUGCACACGCUGCUCUUUUGUUAUUCUCAGCAGCUACUUUGGCUGGUCUCUUCAUGAUGGCUUAUAAUGAUCAAGGAUUGACCAAAACUAUCAAGAAAAUCUGGGCUAUUCAGCCAGCAAAGUAAACCAAAAUUAUAUAAAGUUUAAUGUCUCAUUAAAAUUAUUGUUUUAAAAAAUUUCACACAUUUAAUAAGAAUGUAGAAGAAGUCAGUCAUGUUAAAAAGUUAUUAUAAAUGAAGGAACUGCAAAUUGUAUUGCUUUGAAAUAAUUUAUUUUCCAAAUAUAGCAAAAAGCGAACAAAUAUUAAAAGUAACAAAACAACUUUGGAUAUCUUGAUCUAUCGUUUUUGACCCGU